UUUCUUUUUGCAACAUGUUAUUAAUGUUCUCUCUCCAAAACUGCAUACAUGUUUUUCUCUAAAAUUUGAUGUCAAAGACACUUUAAUGUUUGAUUUAAUCUGAUGAAACAAAGUUCUUCUGUUUUGACCUGAAAGAUGAAUUUUUCUGAAAAACAAACAAAAAAAAACCCACAGAAUGAUUAAUAGAUGGUGUAGUUUCAGUCCUUAUGUCCACUUUGUAAACAGUUUGUUUCUGGCGCCACCUUCAGGACAAUUAGAAAAURAUUAAUGAAUCAGCAGGUGGGUUUUACUGAGCUGAAGGACUUYUGGAGUCAGCCUGAUCCAAGAUGGCCGCUCAGCUGCUGAGUUAAGGUUUGGUGUGGUGGUCGCUGAGAGUCAUCCCAACAUGAGCUCCGAGUGCUGACGGGUCCAGAACCUCUUCCAGCUCUUCUAGGAGGACCUGAGUCCAACUGGUCCAGACCAGGUGCUCGCUGACAAGCCCCUCCCCCAGGCUGCGUUUGUUUAAAUUCCUCCUGAUGGGGGCGCUGCUGCUCCUCAUCCUCACCACAGCUCUGAUGAAGAUGAUCUGAGGCCGCCGCCCUUUAAACUCGUUAACUCCCAGAUUACUGACUGAUCRGGAUCAGCUCUCACCUCGACAUCAGGGGGCGUGGCUUGAUGUGUCUGACCACACCCCCUGACCUCAGCCACUGUGUCCUGUGAGGAUUAAUGUCCGUCUGUGGAGACAGUAAUUAGAAGUGUGUGUGUGUGUGUGUGUGUGUGUGUGUGUGUGUGAUUAGUCCAGAUUAGGCUUCAGAGCAGCAGACACUCCGUCACUCUGAGAUAUGAUGUCAGACGGCGAGCUGGAGACUGCCAUCGUCUGAAGGUGACGCCCUCAUGGUGCCCUGCUGCCUCGGGGCUCACCAUGGGAGACGGGUCGGACCCAGAAGGCCGAGCUCAGGAGCUGUUUGAUGCGUUUGUGUCAGCGUGUACCUGCAGGGCGGCGCUGCGCUGCUUCAGCCAGCUGUGUGAACACCUGCAUCUGGACUGCGGCGCCGCAGAGAGGCCGCUGUACCAACCCAUCMAACGCCGCCUCAACUACUGGAAGGCCAAUGCCUUGUGGGCCAAACUGGACCGCAGAGCAGCRCAACCCGAGUACCAGAGGGCCCGGGUCUGCAGGAACCUGACUUGUGUGAUCAUCGGGGCGGGGCCAUGUGGACUCAGGACAGCGGUGGAGCUGAGCUUCAUGGGGGCUCGGGUGGUGGUUCUGGAGAAGAGGGACUCGUUUUCCAGGAACAACGUCCUCCACCUGUGGCCCUUCACCAUCCACGACCUGCGGGGCCUCGGGGCCAAAAAGUUCUAYGGGAAGUUCUGCGCCGGCUCCAUCGACCACAUCAGUAUCCGCCAGCUGCAGCUGGUCCUGCUGAAGGUGGCCCUCCUGCUGGGGGCCGAGGUUCAUGUGAACGUGGAGUUCAAACAGCUGAUGGAGCCACCUGAGGACCAGAACAGAAAGAAGGUGGGCUGGAGGAUGGAGGUGAGUCCAAAGUCCCACCCCCUCAGCCAGCUGGAGUUUGAUGUCRUCGUUGGAGCAGAUGGACGCAGGAAUACGUUAGCAGGACUUUGCUGACACGGAGCUGCUCCUCUCUCGGGGUAACGUGGACCAUAAUGCUUUGCAGUUGUACGCCCGUGAGGCGGCCGACUUUUCGACCAAUCACCAGCUUCCAUUUCUGGACUUCGCCAUGAACCACUACGGCCAGCCAGACGUCGCCAUGUUUGACUUCACCUGUAUGUACGCGUCAGAGAACGCCGCCAUGGUUGUCCAACGCCGCGAUCACCAGCUGCUGGUCACACUGGUUGGAGACAGCCUGCUGGAGCCCUUUUGGCCAAUGGGAACAGGUGUAGCUCGUGGGUUCCUAGCUGCUCUGGACUCAGCCUGGAUGAUAAGAAGUUGGGCUCAGGGUAGAGCACCUCUGGACAUCCUGGCUGAGAGGGAGAGUUUGUACCGUCUCCUCCCUCAGACAACUCCAGAGAACAUGCAGAAGAACAUCACUCUGUUCACAGUAGAUCCAGCAACAAGAUACCUGAACAUCAGUCCUUUGACUGUCACUCCUGCCCAGGUGAGACACCUGGUGGACACAGGAGAGAAGGCGGGGCUAAACACUGGUGAAAGUGACAUCAUCCGAAUCCCCUCCCCCAGAAUUCUAAGACAAGAGUCCUUCUCUCAGACCAAUCAGCUGCUGUCUUGGUGUCAGGAACAGACUCGUGGCUAUAAAGGCGUGGCCGUUAUGGACCUGACUACUUCCUGGAAGAGUGGCCUUGCCCUGUGUGCUCUUCUUCACCGUUUUCGACCUGACCUGAUAAACUAUGACUUCCUGGACGAGUCGUUGGUGGAGGAAAACACUCAACUCGCCUUCGACGUGGCUGAACGAGAGUUUGGGAUUUCUCCUUUGAUGACAGCAGAAGAGCUGUCGUCUGUGGGAGAACCGGACUCUCUGUCCAUGGUGAUGUACCUGAGUCAGUUCUACCAGCUGCUCAAAGAGUCGGCGCCCCCUGCUGGCUGCCUGAGUCAGAGUUCGGACCUGAGAGCAGCUCUCAUCGGCCCCGCCUCCCUCCUCAGCAGACUGGGAAGCAGUCCAUCCAGGAAGAGAAUCCCAAAGGAGCUGAGCGACGCCCUGAACAAACGGAGGAGGACCAGCGACCUGAGGGAGGAGCCUCAGGAGGAGYSUCAGGAGGUCAGACUCCCAUCGCUCUCAGACAUUCAGACAAUAAAUAAAGUUUCAGUCAAAGAAAACAGGUUUUACCUUCCAGUCAUGUGA